AACUUUACCGUUACCGGUCGUUUGUAUAAUAUAUCAAAUACAUUCAAUAGUUCUGUACAUUUAAAAUGAUUUAUUAUCUAUAAAUUUGUUGAAUUUAAAAUUUUGUUUUGGCAAAAUAGAAAUUUGUUAAUUUGAAGUGUGUUUAGUUGGUACGAUCAAAGAUACUACGCAGCCAAGGCCAGUCCAGUGGCCAGCUGAAAAGAACUUUGAAUGUCGAUUUUGCAAGUGAAACUGCUGUGCAGUCUGCAGUGCUAUUCAUUUAUUGUUAACUUUUGUUUAGUAGGUAAUAAUUGUAAAAGAAAUAACAAGUAAGCUACUAUUUAGUUGAGAAAUUAGAACGUCCACCACACAUACCUCCACCACUGUUAUUGUAAUGUUAUUUUAUUUUAGAAGGUUAUAAAACUGUCAACAAACAACCACCCGGUGCUUCUUCAUUUUUAUUUUGAAAAAAUCAAAUAAGUAGUAUAUAACUAUGAUAGCUGAAUCUUAUUGUAAUCUAGAUAUGGUUUCAGUUUUAAUUAUUAUUUAUUCCCAUAUUUUUAUUUGGAAGCAAUAACUUUACUAACCUUACUUCCUGCUACUCUGCUCUAGAGGCAAUUUUUUAAAAUGUUGAAGAAAUGCAAUUCGAAAUUGCUUCAGCACUCGUUUGAUCACUUUUCCAAAAAUAUAAUUGAUACAAGCUACAUACGUAAUAUUUCAAAAAGUAGUGAGGUCCUCCAAGUUUUAGAAUUAAAUCAUGUUGAAUCAUCACAAAAUAAUGAGCCUUUUCCUCGCGAGGCCAAAGUGGUUGUAUGUGGAGGUGGUGUUAUGGGGGCUGCCGUAGCAUAUCAUCUAGCUGAGCUGGGAUGGGGUAAACAUACAAUUGUUGUGGAACAAGGACGAGCCGGUGGCGGGACAACAUGGCAGUCGUCAGGAUUGGUGGGCAUCUUCAAACCAACUCGAGCCCAAGUGAAGCUGUGUCAGUCCAGUGUGAAGCUGUAUCAGAAACUGGACGCCGAAGGUUAUUCUUCUGGCUGGAAACAGUGUGGCAGCCUGUGUGUGGCCAGAACAAUUGAUCGCAUGACAGUAUUUCGUAGAAUGAAAGCUCAAUCUGUAGCUUUAAGAGUAGAUUGUGAACUAGUAUCUCCAGAAGAAGCAAAACGCUUGUGCCCAUUGUUGAAUGUGGAUGAUCUCAAGGGAGGACUUUGGAUUCCUGGAGAUGGCGUUGGUGACCCAUACAGAAUUUGUCUAUCGCUUUUAGAAUCGGCCAAGAAAAAAGGUGUGCGCGUGUUCGAGUACUGCGGCGUGCAGCAGGUUGUGAGCGGGGGCGGUGGUGGUGGUGAAGGGGGGCGGGUGACAGGGGUGCAGACGUCACUGGGAGCUGUUCAGUGCCAGGCAUUCGUCAACUGCGGCGGUUUCUGGGCUCGAAGCAUCGGCAAGCUCAGUGAGCCCUUUGUCAAGGUGCCGCUGCAUGCUGUCGAACACUACUAUCUGCACACCAAGAACAUACCCGGUCUCGAUCCCAUGACACCCGUUGUUCGGGAUCAAGAUGGACAUAUUUACUUCAGGGAGCGAGAUGGGUGUAUUCAGGCGGGUGGUUUCGAACCCGUCGCUAAGCCAGCUUACGAAGAUGGCAGAUUGCCGAGAUCUCCAGUAGAAAGAGUUCUACCGGAAGACUGGGAUCAUUUUCAUGUACUACUGCAGCAGCUAUUACACAGGGUGCCUAUGCUGGAGAAUGCUGCCUUACAUAAACUAUGUAACGGUCCAGAAGCGUUCUCUCCUGACUGCAAAUGGAUAUUGGGGGAAGCUUCAGAGAUUAAGAACUAUUAUGUGGCAGCUGGUAUGAAGACUGUGGGUAUAUCGGCGGCAGGAGGAGUGGGGGAAGCGACGGCCGAACGCAUUGUGAACGGAUUCACGUCCUACGACAUGUACGAACUGGAUGUCAGUCGCUUCCUCGGCCUGCACAACAAUCGCAAGUUCCUCAGGGAUAGAGCGCGUGAAGUCCCAGGUUUGCAUUAUGGCCUUCAGUACCCAUUCACAGAGUUCAAGACUGGUCGCAACAUUCGCAUGUCUCCAAUCUACCCGAAGCUGAUGGAUGCUGGUGCUGUCUUCAAUCAGGUUAUGGGCUAUGAGAGACCGGCAUGGUUCGAUCCCUCGUUUGGAGGGGAAAAGCCUGCAGCCGGCGAAGCGCCAUAUAGGAUUGCUCACACAAAUACAUUCGGAAAACCAGAUUGGUUCGAUUUCGUCGACAAGGAGUAUGCUGCAUGCAGGGAGAAAGUGGCUCUUCUAGAUUACUCAUCUUUCACCAAGAUUGAUCUGUGGUCGAAAGGGAGAGAGGUGGUUGACAGUCUUCAGUAUUUGUGCAGCAAUGAUGUGGAUGUUCCUGUCGGCUCCAUCAUCCACACAGGCAUGCAGAAUGAGCGCGGCGGCUACGAGAACGACUGCAGCUUGGCCAGACUGUCUGAAAAUCAUUACAUGAUGAUAGCACCGACCAUCCAGCAAACACGCUGCAAGGUGUGGAUCCAGAGGCACUUGCCCACUGACGGCACGGUCGCCAUGUCUGACGUCACCUCGAUGUACACAGCCAUCUGCAUCAUGGGUCCAUUCACCAAGUCUCUGCUUUCACAGCUCAUCGACACCGACCUCAGUCCUAGCAAUUUUCCAUUCUUCACUUUCAAGGAGCUUGAUAUCGGUCUAGCAAAUGGAAUACGUGCUAUGAAUCUGACGCAUACUGGUGAACUCGGCUAUGUGUUGUACAUCCCCAAUGAGUUCGCCCUACAUGUGUACUUGAGGCUGCUAGAAGCUGGAGAGCAGUACGGCAUCAAGCACGCUGGUCACUACGCAAUGCGAGCGCUCAGAAUAGAGCGCUACUUCGCUUUCUGGGGCCAGGACCUGGAUACAAUGACCACACCGUUGGAGUGUGGCCGGUCUUGGCGAGUCAAAUUCGAUAAGGGCUUGUUCCUCGGGCGCGAUGCCCUGCUGCGGCAGAAGUCGGAGGGAGUGAGACGCAUGUUUGUGCAGCUGCUGGUGGACGACCACGAUGCCGACCUCGACCUGUGGACGUGGGGCGGCGAGCCCAUCUAUCGCAACGGCAUACAUGUCGGAUCCACCACAACCACUGGCUACGGUUUCACCUUCAAGAAACAGGUAUGCCUGGGAUUCGUGCAGAACCUGGACGACGCAGGAGAGCCGCAGAUAGUGAGCAACGAGUACAUUCUGGGAGGGGAGUACGAAGUGGACAUAGCAGGCACGCGCUACCCGGCCAAGGUGAACCUGCACUCGCCCAACCUGCCUUCCAAAUACCCCGACCAGGAGCGAGACGCUUACUUCGCCACCCGCGAAAAGAUGGGCACCGAGCCCAUACUCAGGAGCACCAAUAGUUGAUUGACACUGGUAAAGUAGUCGAUGCCUCAAACAAAAUAGCAACCAAGCCUGUGGUGUUGCAAGUACCAGUAGUUGAACAAGUUGAGCUAGGUUGUUAGGCCUCUACCAGGUAGAAGAUUAAAACUGUGCCCAAUGUUAGAAGCAGCAUUUGUAGAGCUAUAUGUUUUUGGAGUGAAAAGUUGACCAUUUUAAAAAGCUCGGAGGUUUGUCCACAGCCAUGAAGAAAAUGGGCACCGGAUCUAUUUUUCAAAUCUGAAGUUUCCAUAGCAGAGUACUUUGGCAAAGUAAAAAAAAUGCAAAUAACAAAAUUUUAUUUAAAUAAGUAAGUGUAAAGGUCCAAUUCGUAAUCGAGGAAUGUAGCCGCGCUGAAGUAACUGCUAUAUAGACUAUGGACUACAAUAAUAUACAGUAAUAGACUAACAACCAUUGAUACAGUCGUCACGCGGCUAGAAUCGUACAGUCGUCACUUAGGAAUGGGACCUUUAGUGAGUGUAAAAGUGGUUAUAGAAAAGAUUGAGGCUAUUCUCACCAUAUACAGUACAUGGGGGCAAUAUUCUAGCUCCUCAUUCAAAUCAAAAGCAAUGUUUUUCUAACAUAUAAGCUUUUUAAAAAAAGGGACCGACUUCAAUGCUUCCGCAAGAUGACAUUAGUUUACGACGGUUAAACUUGUUAGCAUUUCCGUGCCGUAGAGUGUCGGUCAAAUAAAUUGAAUACCUUAGUAUGUUAGUUAAUUACUUGGAAAUUUAUUAAUGUUAGUAGAGUGUGCCAUUCAAAAAAUGUUAAUGAAUUUAUGAGUUGCCUAGUCUAUGAUACAUUUAAUGUAUCCUUAGCGUAGUAAUUCCUUGGAUGUAGUAGUCUCUAGAACCACGACAAUAACCACGUAAUAUUACUUCAAGUGUGAUUGAAAUGAAAAGUUUCCAAUUGCAAAUUUUGACUCUCACUGAAAUGAGCAUUGAUGAACUCUAUCAUAAUUUCCUCAUGUACUCGUAAUUCAUUAACAUGUAUGUACUUUGUGGAUGCUCUAGCAACACAAAGAGGAAAAUAUUAUUAUUUGCACUGCAUUUGCUAGCAAAUAUCUCAUACAUAUGUAAACACCAUGCUCUAAAAUAAGUGAAAAAACUAAUAAUUUAGCAUAUUCUAUGUUGGCUAAAUUUAAGUGUAUUUUUAUAAAGAUUCUAAAGAUUCCAUAGUCUCAAUUAUGUGUGUAAUUACAGUAAUUAGGUAUGUCAAUAUAUUAUGAAAUCUUCAGUAACUUCCUAUACAUUUUAUGGAAUACAUUUUUGAAGGUUGAAGAGAAAAGAAUUUUUUUUGUGAAUACAUACGUACUGUAUGUGGAUUAAAUUUGUUCUAGUUUAUAUUAAUGACACCAUAUAGAUAAUAAGCUAUCACUAAGCUUUAGUUCAUUAGAAAUCUAUCUAUAUUGUGAUUGAAGAAUAGUGAUUAUUCAAGCACGUCUUCCGUAGUAGUAUUCCUAAAAUCAGCUCAAUUAAUCAUACUGUGUUAUGUGUAUUACGUUUACCAAAAUUGAUAAUAUUAUUUACUAUUUAGGCAUUAGAGCUGAUUAUUUUUAUUUUUGGAGAGAUUAUGUCAAUAAUUCAUUCUAAAACAAUAUAUCAGACAUUAUUCUUAUGUGAUUUAGUGUGUAGGAUUCCUUACUAAAUUUAUUUCAAUUGUGAUAUUUUAAAUCAAUAUUAAUAUUUCCCUUUUCAUCUUGUAGAUGUAUUAUGUUGACAUUUAAUAAAUCUAUUUAUUU